GAUGUCUUCUGUUUCGCGGGGGGAGACCCAGCUGGUUAUCGAUUGUAUGUCGUUUUAAAAGAUGGAGUCAAAUAUGGAUAAGACAUCACUGCUCAGACCAUCCUUUAUUUCUGCUGUGGAAUUGUCCCCAAGAACUAUCCCUGUGGAUGUUAGUGACAUUAGGAAGAAUCUCUAUAGUGAUUUAUCAUCAAUCUCUGAUAUAAGCCAGAGAGAGAGCUUGGAAUCCAGAGAACGCAUUCAUGUUUGCCUGCGCAUUAGACCAUUGAUGCAGUCAGAAAAGGAAGGUGAUUCUCAGAAUUGUAUUUCUGUUCUUGAUGCAUCAAGCGUUAUAUUAAAAGCUCCCAUGUCUUCCAAGGUAUUCCGGCUUAGUGAAAAAAACUUGCAGCAAUUGGUGCAGAAAUUUACUUUUUCACAGGUGUUUGGCCCUGAAACAACCCAAGAAGAACUCUUUGAAGGGACUGUGAAGCAGCCAGUGCAAGACUUUCUGAAGGGACACAAUCGCCUUGUAUUUACGUAUGGUGUUACAAAUGCUGGGAAAACAUAUACAUACAAAGGUACUAAUGAAGAUGGUGGCAUUCUCCCAAGGGCACUGGAGAUGUUGUUUCAGUGCAUCCAAGGCAAACAGUAUUCAAAGAUGGAUCUCAAACCCCAUCGUUGCCGAGAACACAGAAGGCUGACUAAAGAAGAAAUGAAAGAAGAAAUGUCUGUCAAAUGCUCACUUCUCCGUCUUGUCAAAGAGGUUGAUUAUCCAAGUGUCGUUAAUGGGAAUCGCAGUGAAAUUGCAGAUAAUUCUGAUGAGUUGGAUGAACUAGCGAAAGAAUCUGAACAGUCUAAUGUGGAAGAAGGGAGAGGCGCAAAAUUCUCCAUCUGGGUGUCGUUCUGUGAAAUUUAUAAUGAGUGCAUUUACGACCUGCUGCUCCCAAUGUCCAAUGAUAGAAGAAGGAAGGUGUUGCGUCUGUCACAAGAUGUAAAAGGCUGUUCAUAUGUUAAAGAUCUACAAUGGAUCCAGGUUUCAAAUUUCAAAGAAGCUUUUAAGCUCAUGCAACUAGGCCUGAAACACCAGAGUUUUGCUUCCACAAAACUGAAUGCCAAUUCCAGUAGAAGCCACAGUAUAUUCACAGUGAAAAUGCUAAAAAUUGAUCCUGAAACAACUCAUGUGAUGCAAGUCAAUGAAUUAUUCCUCUGCGACCUCGCUGGCUCAGAGCGCUGUACACGAACCCACAACGAAGGAGAGAGGUUGAAAGAGAGUGGGAAUAUUAACACUUCCUUGCUUAUUCUAGGCAAAUGCAUCAGUGCCCUAAAGAUGAGCCAGCAAUCAAAGCUGCAGCAGCACAUCCCAUUUCGGGAAAGUAAGCUGACUCACUUCUUUCAAGGCUUCUUCAGUGGUAAGGGGAAGGUGUGCAUGAUAGUGAACGUCAGCCAGAGCCCCUCUGCGUAUGAUGAAACCCUCAACGUGCUCAGGUUUUCAGCGAUUGCUCAGAAAGUAAUAGUCUUAGAUUCCAACGAUUCUCCCCCAGAAGAGUCACUUGAGCAGAUGGCUGUCAAAGCUGAAUCUGAAAUGAACACUGAAGAAGAUGUGCGUUUACCCGUUAAAAGAGCAACUGUACUCUGGGAGAGGACUUUGGAGGAUGUGAUGGAAGAUGAAGAGGAGGGGGAGGGGGAAGAGCUAGAAGAAGAUGGCAGUGGGAUGUAUGAUGUAAACUCUGUGGCAGAAACCAGACUUGACAAAGAGGCUGAGCCUGAAGAAAUGGGAGAUGUGGGAGAUGAAGACAGUGACGUUGUCAUUGGAAAAGAAAAGUACCAGAGGCUGCUUGCUAUAAUAGAAGAUCUGAAAAACAAGCUGAUUGCCGAAAAGAAGGACAAGCUGCUCAUGGAGCUGAAGAUCCGUGAAGAGGUCAUCCAGGAAUGCGCUCAGUAUUUUGGAGAAAGGGAGAGCCAUUUCAAGACAAUUGUUGGCCGUACGCAAGAAAUCAUGGAGGACAACUGCGAGGAGCGCAUGCAGAUUUACAAGGGCUUGGUGAAGGAAUGCAUCCCACUGCCAAGUAGAGAAGAAGCUGAUGAGACUCAAAAGGAAGAACAAGAAAGUGCAGCCGGAGCGGAAGCUAGAGAAUCUGGAAAUCCAGCUCAUUUUUCCUGCAUGGUCGAGUCACUGCAAGAAAAUGUCACUGAUAUUAAGCAGCAGGCCCAAAGAGCGUAUGGGAUGCUUAGUGCCUUAGAAGCGCCCCAAACAACCAUUGAGCGUCUUGAAAAGCAGUUGGCAGAGGUCACAGCUGCGUUAUCUCAAACCCGGGAGGAGCUCUUGGCCAGGAAAGAAGAGGUGACAAAACAGGAGAAUAAACUGAGUGAAUCUGCUAAAGUGGUUCAAGAUGCUACUCAGAAAAUGGCUCUUCAGAACAAGCGCAUACAAGAGCUAGGUGAAAUUGUGGAGGAAAAGGAUGAUGAAAUAGCAAGGCUGAAAGUCCUGAUAAAUCAGCUGGAGGCGAUCAUAAAAGAGUCUGAGAGCACAAUAGCCAGUAUUAAACGACAAAUGGCGCAGGAAAACGCUACCAGAGAAAGCUGCUCCUGUUCUGGUCAGCCUGUGGGGAACUGUGUGGGUGGCAGAAGAAAACGAUGCUUAGAAGAUGCAGAGGAGGUGGAAGGUCCACCUGCGAAGCAAGGGUCAGUUAUCAACCAGUCUAAAGAUGCCACAGAGACAAAGAACACCAAAGAAAUGCAAGAAAUGAAGGAAAAGGGAGCAAUGAUGGCAUUGCAAGAAAUCAAUCAAAAAUUAGAAAUGCAGUUGGCUAUGCUCGGGAAGGAGAUGGAAAAACAGAAAAACGAGAAUGAGGGCUUUUCUAGAAAGAUAGCCAGCUUGUGUCAGGAACAGUUUUCUUCUGAAGAAAGGGCUUCUAUCUUAAGCAGGCAAAUCCAGCAGCAGCAGGCUAAUUGUGAGAAGAUAAUGGCUGAAAAAGUUCUGCUGAAAGAUGAAACUAAGGGUCAAGAAGAGAAAAUUCAGGCUCUCCUUCGAGAAUUAGAGGCUGCCAGCCAAAAUAUUGCACAGAAAAAAUCCAAGGUAAAAGAAGUUGAGGUAAAAAUAAGCGAGUUAAGCAAGCUAGACCCACAGUGCCUCACUGUGGAUGUUGACUUGGCAAAUCAAACAGAGAAGGCAGAGAUUCCCAAAGAAGAGCCUGAGGAGACUCUGGCAACUGCUGUUCGAAAGAGCUCCUUUCAUUGCAGCAUUGAAAUUAUCUGGGAAAUAAGCAAGCAGAUCAUUCACGCUUCUUCUCAAAAGAGCGCCCGUAUUGAAGACCUCUUCCAACAAGUUGACCAGUUGCAGAGGCGGGCCUCAGAUGCUGAGGAUCAGGCAUCUCGGCUAAAGUUAGAGCUGAGCGAAAUGACCAACCAAAGGGAUGUAUCCUUGCAGGAAAAGGAAUGCCUCCUGAGUCAGUUAAGGGACCUGCAACAGGAAAACCUGUGUUAUGCUGAAAAAUGCAGGGAAGAGCAAAACAGAGCCCUGGGCUAUUUAGAGACAGUUAAAAAAACUGAUGGCCUGUUGGAAGAGUGUAGGGCGAAAGAGGCUGGAAUAGCAUCUCUGGAGCAGGCACUGAAAGAAAAAGAAUCUGCAGUUUUAGCCAUGGAAAGAGAGGUGAAAGACAUGCAGGAGAAACUCAACGUUUCAGAAUCCGUAUUGCACAGGUUAAGUGACCAGGAAUCUCAACUGAAGGCAGAAGUUCUAGAGUUGAGGAAUAAUUUGAGAACCGUUGAAAAGGAUAAUGAAGAAUCGAAGCAAGCAAUGGAACGGUUGAAUAAGGAGCUCUCUGAGAGCACAACUUUUUCCUCCUGUCUACAAACAGAAAUCCAACAGAAAAAUGAAGAAUAUGCUGACCUGAAAGAGAAACUCGCUGAUGCCAAAAAGCAAAUCGAGCAAGUUCAGAGACAGGUGGGGGACAUGCGUGCUGAAGAGAAACUACUACGGAAUAAAGUCAGUGAACUUGAAAAGGCCAAAACCCAGCUAUCUGAAGAGCUGGUCAUCAAGCAGCGAACUAUCCAGGAAUUUAAGAAGGAAGAGCUGAAUAAGAAACUUGAGGAAGCUUUGCAGCAGUAUCAGAAAGCAUGCAAGGAUCUAUGUUCCAAAGAGAAAAUCAUUGAAGAUAUGAAACUGACUUUGGAGGAGCAAGAACAGACUCAGUCAGAACAAGACCAACAACUUGAAGCCAGGUUUGAAGAGAAUAAUAAACUCAUGGCAGAUCUAGAAGCAUGGAGGAAAAGGUACCAUGACCUAGAGGAGCAAAUGAGGAGUCUGGCACAACAGAAGGUUAACACAGAAUGUGAAAAAAGCAAAGAGUUGCUCUGUGAAGAGCUAAAAAAGCUGCAAGAGAAGCUGAAGGAAUAUGAAGAACAACAGAAAAUAGAUCGCAAAAAGUGGCUGGGGGAAAAAAUGGCUCUCAUAACUCAGGCAAAAGAAGCAGAGACUCACCGUAACAGAGAGAUGAGAAGAUUUGCUGGAGACAGAGAACAUCAUGUGAAGCAGAUGGAAGAAGCAGAAAAACUUGUGGCUGAGAAAGAUAAUGAUCUCCAAAAAUGGCGGGCAGAGAGAGAUCAGCUGGUGGCAGCUCUGGAAGUUCAGCUUAGCUCUCUACUUUCAAGCAAUGCACAAAAAGACCAAGAAAUAAAAGAACUGAAGGAAACUGUACUGAAAACUUCUGGCAAGGAUUGCAAAACUACAGCUAAAGAAUCCAGAGACGACGUUACAAAUAACAUAAGACGAGUUAGUUCUGAGAAAUCUACAACUAUGUCACCCAUUCCAAAAGAAGAAGCGGAAAGCAAGAUGGACAACCUCUGUGACUAUAAACUGGACCAGUCAGACACCAUCCUGGAUUCUUGCGAAGUAUCUUCAGAGAGCAGCCAAGCCAGUCGAUUUCCAAAACCUGAAAUGGAGAUUCAGUUCACACCUCUGCAGCCCAAUAAGAUAGAAGUGAAGCAUCAGGGGAAUUCUGCCACAGUGACCAUAAAAGUCCCCAACGUAAGGAAAAGGAAGAGCAGUGCCAUGGAUGAGGACUUCCUGAAGAGUGAAAAUGAGAAGAAUGCUACAUCCUCAGCUAGUGCCUGGUCCGGUUCAUUAUCCAGAGAAAAUAAACAGACUGCUCCUGACCACUCUCCUAGACGGGAUUAUCCCUUAAGAAGCAAACAACUUCCAUCGGCUAUAAAGUCACCUGGGAAUGCGGGUGGGGCACUGCAGAAAGUUGGCUAUUUCUUUCAGAGUUCUACAAACCUACAGUCCAAAGCCAAGAAGCUGAUGGCAACGAUGAAAUCUCCCAGAUCUACGGAGCAGGACUCCAUUAAAGAAAACAAUAGCAAGCCAAAGCGAGUGAGGCGCAAGCUGUACACAACGGAUAUUUCUUCCCCUAUGGAGUUCUCUGGACAUGUGAUCGUGAUGGAUCAAAAGGAAAGCGAUCACGAAAUCAUCAAGCGACGGCUCCGAAGCAGAAAACCACAUUGAUUUUAGUGUGGGUUAUGUGGUGUUGAUUUUUUUUUUUUUAAACGGAGAAUCAGCAGUUGAAUUUCAGAGCACAGCUCUUCUAAAAUGGAAAGUGGGUGUAGAUUGGAAAUGGUAUAGCAUCUGUACUAUUAGUUAUAUGC